AUGUCAUACUCUGAAGCUUGCCCGGUCUACGCGCCUUUCUUCGGCGCCAUGGGCUGCACAGCAGCUAUCGUCUUCACCUGCUUAGGUGCUUCCUACGGAACCGCCAAGUCCGGUGUUGGUAUCGCGGCUAUGGGUGUUUUGAGACCCGACCUCAUCGUGAAGAACAUUGUUCCUGUCAUUAUGGCUGGUAUCAUUGGUAUCUACGGUCUCGUCGUCUCUGUCCUGAUUUCCGACGGUUUGACCCAACAACUCCCUCUCUACACCGGAUUCAUUCAGCUAGGUGCGGGUCUCUCGGUGGGUCUCGCUGGUCUGGCUGCUGGUUUCGCCAUCGGUAUUGUUGGUGACGCCGGUGUACGAGGAACCGCUCAGCAACCUAGACUCUUCGUCGGCAUGAUCCUUAUUCUCAUUUUCGCUGAAGUCUUGGGUCUCUACGGUCUCAUCGUCGCUCUCCUGAUGAACUCUAAGGCCAGCGUCGAUGUUAGCUGUUAA